AUGAUUCACCCUCACUCCUCUGUCCAACACAAGUUCAUCAUCGUUGUCAUUGACUUCUUUACAAAAUGGGUCGAGGCUGAGCCUUUGAAAGAGGCUUCCGGUGCCACAAUCCGGCAAUUUAUCUUUCACAACAUUGUUUGCAGGUUUGGCAUCCUGGAGGUUUUGGUUUCAGACAGGGGGGCAUCUUUCAUGGGCGGCGAGGUUGAGAAACUCGUGAAUGACUUGGGCAUACAGUUCAUUUAUUCCACCCCUUACUACGCCCAGUGUAAUGGCCAAGCUGAGGCCAGCAAUAAAAUCGUCAUCACUCUCCUGAAGAAGAUGCUUGCAGAGAAUCCUCGCAAGUGGCACGAGACUCUCUGGGCUUAUCGCACAUCUAAACGUAAUCCUACAGCCACGACGCCUUAUGCUCUCAUGUUUGGUCAUGAUGCAGUUUUGCCCCUAGAAAUCAAUGUUCACUCUUUGCAGGUGCUGGAUCAGCAUCAUCUUAUUGGCGAAGACUAUGUCCAAGCCAUGUGGCAGGAACACGAAGAUCUUAACGAAAAGCACUUAGAGGCAUUAGACAGUUUAGUCAUGGGAGUAGCUCACGCUUAUGACAAGCGCACACGUGGCUGCAGCUACAAGGAGGGUGAGCUUGUUUCGAAGGCGGUUCUUCUGCUAGGAGAGAAGUUGGAAGGACGUGGCAAAUGGACACUGCCAUGGGAAGGACCGUUUGUUAUUCAUAGAGUUUUGGAGAAGGGAGCUUUUUACCUUAAAGACUUGGAUGGCAGCAUUCACCAGAAUUUUAUCAAUGGCAGAUACUUAAAGAAAUACUACCCCAGUGUUUGGAAGUUUGAAGACCCACUAGAUGCUCAUUCGUUAGGGACUGGGGGGCACAUUUAG